AUGACAGCGUUCAAUCAUCUUCAGGAAAGUGGAAUGGCCACUGCAUUGUCCAUAGAUCAAUGGCUUCCCACCAAAGAAUCCAAGUGCGACUACGAGGAAUUUCCAGACCUAUCUGUCAACUCUCUCUGCAUGCAUCCACCAGCAACUCAGCAAGAUCAUCCUCCCAAUAAGGCGGCUGCUGCCCGCUACCAAGAGAUCUUCAUCGACUUGGUCGGUAUGCAUUGUGCCUCCUUGGAUGCAGCAUCACGGCAUGUACUGGACGACCGUUUUGACUCCUGUUUGCAAAAGGGAGAACGGGAGUUCAAGGAUUCCUUGCUAGAAUUUCUGGCCAACCAGAGCAAGGAAGCCCAAGCUACACGGGCCUUUCAGUACCUGGAAGAGACGCUGCAAAAAAACAUGGGGUACAAUGCAGGUUUGCUAAGGCCUAGGAAGAAUACUACACGAGCCAAGUGUAUGCCCUCGGACAGUGCGGAAAUAGAGACAACAUCGGAAUCACUGGUGCAACCUCCUAUGCCCCAAAGAGAAGGGCCUGCAUAUCGAAGUUCUACAUGCACUAACAAUCCUGGCCAUGUCUUUGUCUGCAAUGCUUCUGUGUGUGACUUACAAUGUGAUGCCUUUUUAUGCCCGGCUCAAAUAUCACACAAGAAGGGUCGCCUCAAUGGGACCAUUGCCAGUAGGUGGCGAAAGAACAUCUUGGGCCAAAACCAAGUCCUCCUAGACAGCAUUCCGUUUGAAGGGCCAUGGAAGUUCAAGACUUAUCCAUCUCAUCAGCGGGUAAUUACAUUCCGAGAUUGGCCGUGGCAAGGGCUCCAGAAAAGCGGGAAAACACCCAAUCCGUUUCUUGUUGCCGGAGAAGUGUCCUUGGAAAAGUCGCGAGAGUUUGCCGACAUGUCAAAAAAAGCAGCACGACAAGGUGAACUCCCUCCCAAGGAGUUGCAUAUUGAAGCCUUGAUGGAAACAGUACGACAGUUCCUGACUGUGGCCGUCCAAGAGCUGCAGGAGAAUCAACCGUCACCGGGCACUUUCAGGGAACGCUAUCUACUGGCAAUACCAGUGUUAGGAACUGGAGGUGGGUGUGCAGGGGACCUAGCGGGACAAAUUGUGACCAAAUUAUUGCAAACUUUGUCCGACUUUGUAGUACAAAGAGAAGAUGUGGAUGUCGCCUUGGUUUGCGCCGAUGAAGCCAUGUAUGCCCGCGCUCAGACUCUUCGCAAGGAUGUAAUGGAUGAGGAGACUCUGCCCAGCCCCGCUGAAUCAUCACCGGCUACUGCCAAGCAAGUGCCAUUGGACUGGACUAUCCCAUGCUUUCAGCAUUUGGGACGAGGCUUGCAAGUCAAUGCUUUGCAGUUGGCUCAGUUGGCUUCCAAGCAACAAUUAGCACUGUUUAUCGGAGCAGGAGUGAGCAUUGGAUCCGGGUUGCCGGGUUGGUUUGGAUUGCUUCAUAAGAUUGAAGAUGCUUUCGACUUCCCUGUGCCAAGACAGCUCGGAGAGGAAUGUGGAUGGGAUCCUUUGAAAAUGGCUGCGAAAUUGGAUGAGGUUUGCAAGAGUUCGCUUGACAAUCAGGGAGAGAGUUUGCCCCUGAAGCAGAGACUUUGUAGCUAUAUCAAAGAGAGUGCCCACUGCCCAGGACUUCUCCUGUCAUUACUCAUGUCUCUUCCGUGUGAUUCUACGGUUACCCAAAACUAUGACCAAUUGAUUGAGAAAGCCUGUGAAUGUCAGAAUAUUGUGCAUGUUCUCAAAAGUUCUCCGACAACACCUGCAGAACUCUCUGUGAUUCCUUAUCAACCAAAGAGGAAAGCCACUCAGUGGCUAUUGAAGAUGCAUGGUUGCGUAAGCGUACCUGACGAGAUAGUGAUCACAAGGGAGGAUUAUGAAACCUACGAAUCAUCUCGGGGAGCUCUGGGUGGAUUGGUGCAAGCAAGUCUCAUGACGAAGCAUCUGAUAUUCGUUGGUUUUAGUCUCACUGAUCCCAACUAUCUAAGAAUCGUCGACGAGGUUCGAGCAGCCCUACGCCCACCCACCGGGACGACCAGCUAG